UUUAUGAUUUUUUAUUUCUAUCGUCAUCGCGCAUGCCGCAACUUCCUCUCAUUUGUUAAUUUUUUCCUGGUGUCAACAAACUCUCUUCAAUAAAACUCAUUAAACUCGAACUAUUAACAAGUAUAUUCUCCAAAAAAAAUCAUUCGAAAAUAGUAAAAAAUAAAAGAGUAAUCAAAUAUUAAUGAUUUUAAAUUUUUUCUUUGUUUACGAGUUUUAAUAAAUUAUAAAAAAUUCAUUAACAACAUUGUUCGUUAAAAAUGGGAGCUGGAAAAAGUCAAUUUACCGAAGAAGAAUUGCAGGAUUAUCAGGAUCUUACGUAUUUUACAAAAAAAGAAGUGUUAUAUGCACAUCAAAAAUUUAAAGCACUUGCACCAGAAAAAGUUGGUCAUAAUCGUAAUGCAAAACUUCCAAUGUCAAAAAUAUUACAGUACCCAGAAUUACGAGUUAAUCCAUUUGGUGAUAGAAUAUGUAAAAUAUUUAGUUCAAGUCAAGAUGGUGAUUGUACAUUUGAAGAUUUUUUAGAUAUGAUGUCAGUAUUUUCUGAUGCUGCACCAAAAGCAGUUAAAGCUGAACAUGCAUUUCGUAUAUUUGAUUUUGAUGGUGAUGACAUGUUGGGAGUUGGUGAUCUUAGAGAAGUUAUUGAUCGACUUACAGCACCACAUCGACUCAGUGAAAAUGAUAUGCAACGUUUAUUACAAUCAUUACUUGAAGAAGCUGAUCUUGAUGAUGAUGGAGCACUUAGUUUUGCUGAAUUUGAACAUAUCAUUGAAAAAAGCAGUGAUUUUUCAAAAACAUUUCGUAUUCGUUUAUGAAACUUAUAGUAAUUAAAGUUUAAACUGUUAAUAAUUCUAUAAUUAAUUUAUUAUUUAUAUAUUUUUUUUUCACAUUUAUAUAAUGAAAAAAUAGUCAAAGCAAGACUGAAAAUAAAACUUCCCUAAAAUGAUUUAAAAGCCCAUAAAAAGAUAAACUGAAAAAUCUUGAAAAUAAUAAUUUUUUCAAACUGGUUAAUAAUUAUAUUCACUGUUUAAAUAUACUGCAAUGAUAAAACAUUAUAAACAACCAAUAAAAUAAUGUCUUUUUUUGUAAAACAAAAAAAUAAGAAAAAAAAAAAAUC